CGAGAAGCCCUGGAGUUCUUAACUAGUUUGUUCCUUAUUUAUAUCGUCAGCGGUAUGUGGGCUCUCCUGGCCCAGCAAUUGCUCGAGGAAUAAACCUCGUCUAUGGCUCAACCCAGUACUCCAGAGAAACGUCCGCUAUUUCUACGCGCCCCAACCCAGCCUUUGCCUCUUGCUUUCUUUUCUUCCUUAGCCUCUCCUCCACACCCAUUUCCUCCACUCGCGACCAAUACAUACUUUCACCAUGUCUGAUGCCAAGCACAACGCCAUGACCGCCCCUCGUCCUGCUGAUGAGGAGUGCAUCCAGAUCUUCCGCACUAUUAAGGAUGAUGUCCUGAAGGAGAUCCACCGUAUCAACCGCGAGGAUGACCGCCAUGGUCUUCACGAGAUGGACAAGUUGAAGCACAUUACCGAGUACACUCCUGUUCUUUAUGCUACCGAGGAUGUUGCUUUUGGCCGUAACUACUUUGCCAAAAUCCAUCUCGGCAGCGAGAAGUAUGUUCAUGUUCGUGCCCACAAGGGAAACGACAGUGUUAUCGAGUUUUACUCCCUUUUGACCACCCCCGAGUGCGCUGUCUGGGAGAAGGACACUCCUCUUGAGUACUUCAUCGAUUAAGCGACAUGUAAUGCGCCCCACCUCUUGCAUUUCUCUUGCAGUGAGCCGAAGAUGAUCGAAGAAGCACUCCGUGUACAUAACAAAACCGAUAUCAAAUAAAAAGAACGUACAAUUGUAAGCGAGAGGAAUUGUCUUCUGUGAUGGACACCAGCCGCGAAAGUGCGAUUGCGGUGGGGACGAGUGUGGUAAUGAGC